AUGCAGGGCCUCACACACCAUGAGGCGCUCGCUCCAGAGCAGGAGGGUCUUAAGCGUGAUCUUCGCCUCCGCCAUAUGAUCAUGAUCGCCAUCUCCGGUACCAUCGGCACAGGUCUCUUUUUGACCUCGGGCAGCACAAUCGCUACCUCUGGUCCAGGAGGUGCUUUGCUUGCCUAUGUUAUCAUAGGUAUAUGGCUGGUGUUUGUGUGCCAGGCGAUUGGUGAGAUUGCCACGCUGCUUCCUCUGCCUGGUGCCUUCAACGCCUGGGGUGGACGCGUCUUUGACGAGGCGCUCUCGUUCCAGAUGAGCUGGAUGUACUUCAUCAACUGGGCUCUGACUAUCCCUGCAGAGCUGGCUGCCUCUGCUGUCAUCGUCAGCUUCUGGUUGCCUAAAGACUCAAAGUUCCCAGACUGGGCCGUACCCCUUAUGAUCAUCCUGCUUAUGGUCGUCAUCAACUUGGCUGGUGUCAAGGCAUAUGGUGAGCUCGAGUACUGGUUCUCGGUCCUCAAGGUUGUCACCAUUGUCAUGUUCAUCAUCUGUGGUAUCCUUGUCGAUGCCGGUGUUAUCGGUGGAGUCAACUACGGUAUGAGCGCCUGGCAUAUCGAUGGUGCGCCCUUCAAAGGCGGCUUCAUAGGCUUCAUCACCACUUUGGUCUCAGUCGGUUAUGCGUACGGCGGUACAGAAAUGACCGCUAUCACCGCUGCCGAGUCCCGCAACCCUCACAAACACGUCCCCAUGGCAGUCAAGACUGUCAUGCUCCGCAUUGCAUUUUUCUACAUCAUCUCGAUCUUCUUGCUUGGUUCCAUCAUCCCCAACGACGAUCCCGACCUCGUCAACAGCAGCGAAUCCGCCGCAACCGCCCCCUUUACCAUCGUAUUUGCCAAGGCUGGAAUCAACGCUGCAGCCAACUACAUGAAUGCUGUCGUCUUCACCUCGGUUUUCUCGGCCAUCAACUCUGAUUUCUACAUUGCAACUCGCGUGCUUCUGUCGCUCUCCCGCAACGGUUGGGCGCACAAGUCGAUCGGUUACACCAAUUCUCGCGGUGUGCCCCUGGUGGCUCUGGCUAUCGUCACAGUUUGCUCAUGCCUGUCGCUGAUCACAAUCUUUGUCGGUUCCGGUGUGGCCUUCAGGUGGUUCGUCUCCCUCAUUGGCUCCAUCAUUUUCCAGUCUUGGAUCUUGAUCCUCCUCCUUCAUUUCCGCUUCCGCUACUGCUGGAAGGCUCAGGACCGGCCUGUGGUCGAUCUCCCCUAUGUUUCAUGGGGAUAUCCCUAUGGCAACAUGGUUGCCACCUUCAUCGGUGUCUGCAUCAUCAUCGCCACCUGGUACCUCUCACUCAUCAACCCUCCCACGAAUCCUGGCGCUGGAGCUACGCCUGAGCAGCUGACAGCGUACCACGCUGCACGCGAUGCGUACGUGCAGCAUAUCUUGGGUGCCUGGUUCCCAUGGGUCUGCUCUGCAUGUCUCUUCAUCUCUUACAAGGUCAUCAACAAGACCAAAUUCAUCAAGGCUGAAAAGGCCGACCUUGACACGGGCCGUUUCAUCCCUACGGAAUCCGACAAGGAGGAUAUGAGGCCCCAUGGACCAGCCUGGAAGAGAUUCGUCAAGUAUUUGAUAUAA